GUGCCAGGCAGCAAAGGCAUCCAUGAACUCGGGAGCAGCGCACAGGCCCUGCAGCACACACUGGAGGAGUCGGCCUCCCUCCUCACCAUGUUCUGGCGAGCAGCCCUGCCAAGCCCCCCCAGCCCUGCACCGGCUGGCAACUCGGGACAGUCCCUGAAAAGGGAACUUCUGGAACUGAGAACCAAACUGUCCGCACAGGAGAAUCUCCUUCAGAGCACAGCUGAGCGUCUGAAGACCGCCAACCAGCAGAAGGAGACCAUGGAGCGGUUCAUCUUCAGCCAGUUGACCAGGACACAUGACGUGUUGAAGAAGGCAAGGACAAAUUUGGAGGCCAAGUCAGGAGUCCGAGGAAAGCAAGUGAGUUGAUUCUCAAGGUCAGAGGGGAGUCCGCCUCUGAAUGAGCUUCUGGGAGAGGGUGCUGGGGCCCGUUCUGCUGUUUCCUGGAGCACUUCCCACCUCAUGAAAAGUAAAGCCAAGAUGCCAAUUGAUUGAGUCCAUCCCACCCCCUAUUGUGCUGAGGACAGCAAUUCGACUUUGAUAUAUCUCAUCCCAAAGAAAACCAUUGGGUCCUAUCCACCUAAAAGAGAAUUUGAUGAUAAAUAAAAAUGGAACUUGAAGGGAAACAUUUUAUCUAUAUGGCAGACAUUCUGUAGGU